AUGGUCAAUGCAAGGAGCGGUUCUUCGAUUAAGGAGGGUAGGGAGGGGGUAAGAGAGAAAAGGGGGGUAGUAGUAGGUGUUGGCUAGUGAGCGGAUAGAUGGGCAAAUAUAGAUCUACGUUCUCGGGUGAAAAUGGACAGAGAAGAUUUAAAAAGGAGGGAGGCUUUAACCUGGUCAUCAGUUUCCACUUUUCUAUCUGCAGACCUAAUUACAGCGAUCAGCUCCUGAGUCCUUUUAAAACUUCGUAUAUAACCAUAUAGAAUUUUCGGAUGCUCCAACGAAUUUCGGAGUAUGUUCAGUUCAAACUUCUUUCGCAGCUUUGUGGCCUCAUUUUUACAAACGUUUCGUUGUCGCUUAUAUUCCUUUAAGUGUUCUUCGGAGCCAGUUAAUCUGUAACGUCUCCACAGACUAUUCCUUUUUCUGAAAAAGGCCUUUAAGUCCAGUUUUAUUCAUUUUAGGGGGUUUGUGAUUGUCUUUCUUCUGAAAGGACCAUCGGAAUAAACAAUCUCUUUCAGAAAGGAACUGAAAGUAUUCCAGUUGUCGUUUGCUCGACCAUGCAGUUCAGCGUUCCAUGAUACAGCUGCCGCUUCCCUCCUUAUGAUAGAAAAAUCCCCUUUCCAAAUGUUUCCCUUCCAUCUAUCGGGUUAAACGGGUUUGAAAACAGUGAAUACUCGAAGUAAAGCGUGAUGUGGUCGGUUGACCCUAAUGGUGGUCGGUCCUGCAGGCCUAACACAUUCUCUUCCUCUGGGGUAAAAAGAAGAUCAAGGCAGUUAAACUACUGCCCUUCCUUGGCCCGUGUUUCAAAGGUAACUUUCUGGCAACGAAUUUUGCCCGUUGCCCAUUGCAGUAGUUUGUGCUUAAAGCUGUCUUGCGGCCCUCGUGCAGUCUACGUUAACCAAUCAAUGCAAGGAGCGUUAAAAUCGCCAAAGAUAAGGGCAUCUUUCUUCUCACCGACUUUGUUAAAUUCAGUUACGAGCAUGAGAUCUUGGUCAGAAGUAUGACUAGGUGAACGGUACACCACCGAAAGCGUUAGUGAUCGGACAUUCUUAGUAGAUAUUGUAACGCUUCGCAGUUCCACACCCCGUACCUGUCUAUGCACAUCAGUCAUGGCGCUCAGCAUGCAAGUGACAUAAAUUAUGACUCAUCCUCGGCUUAGUCUGUCUCUCCUGAAUUGCUGAUAUCCUCUUAGUGAUAUUUCUGAAUCUGCGAUAUCUUCAGUAAGCCACGGUUCUGUGAAUGCCAUGAUGUCUGGCCUAAUUUCAUCAACUAAGUCUCUUAGUUCGUCUAAUUUGCUGAAGAGGCUUUGCACAUUUGCGAAGAUAACUUGCAAUGACUGAUUCGUUGGAUAGGCCUGGCCAUCACCAAUAGUGUGAAAUUCAGGCAAAAUUUUAAGUGGAUAAGAGUCUCAUCCCUCACGCUCUUGGAAAUCCUGUAGCAGACGCCCAGUUUCAAUGACUUCCUGUCCGAAACGUUUUUAAAAUCUUGCCCGCCUGCUUCCGACCAUCCAGACUUGGACCGGAUCUGAUCUCGGAACCAUUGGUUUCACUCCGUGGGAGGUGACUAUAGCGAUUCGGUGUUUUCGUAAAUCCCACAGUCCGGGAAAUUAUGGUGCCCUAGAUAGCAUUUUGGAAGCGAAUGCAAAUGAAGUUUUCCAAUCAAUCUGAUGCGAGAUAUUUAAUCUAGCUCGUGAAAGUGAAACCUAUCCCACUUUGUGGACGGAAUCACACAUUUUCCCCAUCCUCAAACACGGUCACUCCACCGUAGUGAUGGCCUUCGUGGUCUCUGAUCCCUAUGGCCUAUUUCGCGCAGGACAAUUUCUUAAGCCAACAGCGACAGCUGUUCUUCAGUGCUUCUGUUUUGUCCAGUCCCAAUUUCGUGAAAAAAUGGCGACCGAUAAUAUCCGACGCUGUGUUACCCAUCUCGUUCUCGAGUGUCUUCCUUUCAUGGGCAGCAAUGUUUUUUCUCCUGAACCUUCCAAACUUUACAUAAACGCCAUCAUCUUUAUUUGAUUAUAAGUUUUUCACUGCUGGCCGGAUUUGUGCUUUAUAUUUCCAUGACAAUGCCUGAAAACUUGCAUUAAGUCCAAUAAUCAUUAUUGUUAUCAUUAUUAACAUUCAGGACCGUAAGCACCGUCCCUUGAACUGAGCAGAGUUAUUAUAGUAAUUUGAGACUUUUGGAGUGUGGAUUCAGGAUGAAGAUGGUAUGACCGCGAAAAAAACCGCUCUUCUAUCCUUGCAUCCCCGCCGACCACUUUCCCCCAGCUACCGUAAUUACCGCACUGUAUCUCUCUCUACAUCGGUAUUUCGCACGGUCCCACCUCGCGGUUGCCGACAGCGCUGCAUUCCCGCCGGAUGUCAAACUGGUAUGUUGGUAUCAUCCCUUCAUGCAGACGGAUCCUUACUUCUGCCCUGAUUUUUAUCCCCCUUGCAUCUAUUAACAUUUUCCUGCGUAUCUAUCCCGCUGCUCUUAGUAUACGCACUUCGUAUCGCUUGAAUUCUUUCAACUGCCCGCUUGAAUGAGAUCGAUAACUCGUUUAACGACUCGCCCCAGAUCAGAUAAUCCAGGAAUUAUACCAAAUGCUCCACGUUACCUAACGUGCGCUGCCCUCAACGUCUUGGGCCGCUACACGUACUCGAAAAGGCCAGGAAGGAAUUUCUGCUUAAAAAGCCAAUUUUAAAGGGAUUAUUAUAAUCUUUCUUAUCCUACCGACCACUAUUCAUAUUAGCUUUAAAAGAAUCUAAUUAUUUGUUUUUACUAGCACUGUGAAAGGAACUCGUGUGCAAUUAGUACGUAGCAGAAAAUAUCUCUUGGGAUUUCUACAGUAAAUUGGCCAGUUCAGGAGAUAAACAGUACACGCGAGUUACCUAGUGGCAAAGCCCUUGGAAAUUAUUUUUGUAUUUAGCCAAACUUAUAUGCGUGAAUAGCAACAGGCAACACGCAAUCAUGGUUGGUUUCCACAUUGCACAAAAACACGUAAGAUUAUUCCUUGAAUUAGGACAUGCUCCAAAAGAUGUAAUGAAUUUUGUAUUAAUGAGAGCGAAUGGACAAUCAAAAAUUAUGAGAUAAAUUGGAUUCGUCAAAUAAAAGACAAUCAAUGGCAUUGAAGUUGUUGUUUUAAGUAAUAAUAAAAUGCCGCGGUAAAAGACAUGAAUUUCUGGGCUAUCUGAUUGCGCGCAUACACUUAGCGGGUGUGCACAUCUACGAUAGUUUCCCCAAGAUACUAUCCAGGUAAUAUAAAUGAUCAUAACCCAUGUCUGCUUUUAAAAUUCUGCACUGAUUCCCUGGCUUUAAAGCGUCAGCAUACAAUAAAGUCGUUGUUCUAAUACCAUUGCACUUUUUAGAAGAUAGUGACGAUCCCCGAGCCUGUCUGGUACGUUCUUCAAAUUUCCGUUAAUCUAAAAUCAUGUUAAGUCGGUAAUUUUCAUAUAUCUAGCUUUGUCUCAUGUAGUAUACUUUGGAGACAUUACUCCAUUUUUCUAGUUAUUUGAAGAUAAUGAUGCAUCCCUUAUAAGCGAUGGGGGAAUAAAACCACAGCGAUCACAGUACUGUUUAUUUGAGAUUAGAAUACUGCGUGUAUCCACGGGCUGUUUUGUUCGUAUUCUUUAUUUUGGGUUUUCUUUAAUUUGGGACCACGAGCUUGACUAGUAAUUAAGUAAUUUUCCGCCUUAUUAACCCGCGCCCAUAGAAAUUAUUUACCAAGCGAUUGCUGACGUGAACUUAUCUUUGAGCUGUUACAGUUGGCAGAGCGUCCCUAGUAGCAAACGCAUAUAUCCUCGAUAUCGAGUAGAUAGUGGAAUUUCAAAAUACUCGAAAAACGGUGGUAGCAGAAUGCUUGGCAAUUUACACGACCCCUUUUCCCGCGGGACCGCUACUGUUUUAUACUAAGUCGACCUAUAUUGUUUCUGUCGACCCGUCCCGUCAUCCCAAACCCACUGCCGUAGUCUCAAUGUGGACGACAAAGGUAGAAAGUCUGCAAAGCACCCACCCAAGCGUUUCCUCAGGAUCCGAAGUUGUUGUAGUGUCUGAUUCGAAUUCUCGAUUACUUAUUUGACUCAGGCUCUAUCCGCGCACAUGCUAACUUCUAAGGUUGAUGUUAAUAUGACUAACGAGAGCUAAUAUAAAGAAGGCGGUUGCUCCAUUGUUUCCUGAGUUUUCAACGCCAUCUACCAGAAUUUAGCGUUUUUUCUGAAGCAGCUGAAAUAAUAAAAUGGAGCAUAGCAGCACAGCAGUUUUGGCAUGCUCUUAUUAAAUAAAAAGCAAAAAAACGGAUGUAAAUUGCGCUUGCACGCAUUCAUUAUAAAAGAACUUUAGGUGUAUAAAAUCCGAAUAACACAAAGGACAAACAUGUUUAGGCACUGUAUCUCCUAAGAUGACAGUUUUUAUCUUGGCCUCACCGUAGUAGUGCUUAGUGUAAAUUUAUCUUACAGUGACUCCAUCUGGUAGCUGUUAUUCCAGUUUCCACGAAAAUGUUAUUUUUGCAUAAAUAUUUGAGAAUGUAUGCGGAUUUGUCCUAUCGGCCUGAGUUCAUUAAAAUAAUUGUGUGAACUUACAUUCGCAAUCCAUGUCCUUUUUCUACGUUUUGUAAAUACGGCCGAUUUUUGGCUUUUCUAUCUAACUUAUUGGAGCACUUUUUGAGAAAUGUUUUGUUUGAUGCAUUAGUGGUCAAAAUUUUGAAACCGCAAUCGAAUCCUCCUUUUUAUUGAUUGUGCAUCCAAACAUGGCUGGAAUGCAUUGCACUUCGCCUGACACACUUUAGCAGUAGUCUUAUACUUACUCAUUUAUCAGUUUAGACACCAUAUCGUACCAUCUCGCAAACUGUGCGUUGAGCAUUUAAGUGUUUCACUUUCUGCGUCUGGACCAAUUUGCAGCGCUGACUUUUUGGACGGAUUCAACAAUCGUUAAGCUAAUACCUGAAAAAAGGUUAUUCCCUCUUCAACUUUAGGAUACUUUUGUUUUUAGGUUCAGUAUACGUUUUCAUCAAGACUAUACGAUCAGUAAUUUAGCAAGUCAGUGAAAAUUAUUAGUGCGCACUUUAUCUUUAAUAGCCCAUUCGGAGUUCGAAGAAAAUUUAGUAAUAUAUUGCAGUUAAGGGUUUUUGCAUUAGAAGAAGUCUGCCCACGCUCGUUGUCAACUCCAUCUGACAAACUGCCUCUCAUUUUUGUUCCUUUGGUGUGUUAUAGAAACUGUUUUCCUUAUCCUAUGUUCUAACGCACGACUAUCCCAAAUAUCGGUUUCUCACCAUCUUUUCUUAAAUGGGAAAUAGUUACCGCUUAGCUAAAACAUCUUUUCCUUAUGAGCUUCUAGAAGAAAAUCGUUUGUCUAGCCAAUUGGUUCUAAGUGAGACAGUUAAGUUAGGUUUCUCUAUAAUUAAGUCGGAAGACAAAUGCACCGGUGGUUAUCCGUCAAAUCAGUCUCUUAGUUUUGAAACACUAUUUAAAAGUCCAAACGUACCUUUGCGCAUUUCAUGGGCAGUUCCAGAUACUCGUAAAUAUUCAGGCAAAUUUAUGGAUCUUUGUUGUCGACAUCGAUGCAAAUUGGAGUUGCUUUGCAAGCGACAAGAAAUAACUUACCAUCAGUAAGGGCUCAGUGCUUCCAGGGGGAUGGCCUGCGGCAGCGUUUACAAUAUCCACAUUGCCUAACUUACAUGAAUGCAUGACGGUCUAAUCAGUCCUUAACUUGACUGCCCUGAAAGCCUGUGAGAUAAACUCAUAACGCUGUUCUACGUUUCCACAUGGGCUCGAAAAUAUUUAGAAUCAACUCCAUCUUUGACGUCCUCCCCUAAUCAUUACUAGCCCCUCUUUCUCAAAAAAGGAAUGAAACCUCUCUUUGUCGGCACAAGAAUGAAGAGGUUGUGGUCUCUGUCUGUGUUUUGUCAUCUAUAUAAAAUGUGUGAACAGGGCAGUCUAGAACUAUUUUGCGAAUACUGCAGGUUUGUUUAUGUUGAUUGUUUUUGGUUGAAAGGCCUUGUGCUUGCUGAAGUCUGACUCAUUUAUUAAAACAAGAUACGCGUAUGAGGCAGGGGCACACGUAUGUUAUGUUGUCAUAAUACGCAUAAGACUUACUUCUACGAUCGGGCAGCGGAAGUACCUUAACUUUUUUGCUCUAACUUAUGCAUUUAGCAACGUCCUCACAUUUCUACAUCUAGCAGUUUAAUUUACAGGCUUUCAUAUUCCUCAAUUUUCAACAGUUUAAUUCCAAGCUUUCCUUAUUAUGCAGACAUAGCGUUGAGAUAAAACUUUUGGUACAUCUUAUUUGCGUCGUAUCAUCACUCUCUUAAGUAAAGCUCACCGAAAUGUCUGUGUUGUGGUGUCCUUCAAGCACAAUUAAAGUCUUAUCAGUCCAUUUCAGUCUAUGAGUACUAUUAACACAAGCGAUUCGUAGUCUCAUAGGCCUAUGAAACAUAUAACUUUAGAGGGUUACUUCCUCGAAUCCCCUGGACAGCCAGUUCAUUUGGGUGGACGGUAGAAAUGGGGCUUAGCAUAGUUUUCACAAUUCAAUCGCGGAAAUCUUCCAAACCAUUUGCUUUUAGUACGCAAAUUUUUCGUGUAACCCGCCGAAAAACAUAACUGGCUUGCUAUUCUAUGGAAAUAUUAUUAUUAAACACAUGAAGAAAUGCUCUUACAGCAAUGGCUUGCGGCUACAUACUUAAGAACCAGAAUCAAAGGGGUACAGCUUUUCACCUUUUUGGCGCACCUUCAUUUCAUAUCUUUGUGUGUGGCAUGUAGUCUCCCAAUGUUCUUCCUUCAAGAAAGAAUGCUUUGAUCGGCACAGGAUUUGUGGUGAUCACCGUAAUUUUGCAAAAGGCAUCUCUUUGACCGAGUAAAUCGUCCGGUCUAUCUAUUUAUAUGAGGAGGCCAAUCUUUCUGUUAAAAUCAAUAAAUGCGUCGACGUAUUGAUCAACUACUUACCACGAAAUGGCGUUCGUAGCUCGUAGGGGCUGACAAAUGCUUGGCUAUCAAACCGAAAGAAAUUUUAUUUGCGACGUGAAUGCAGCUGCCUGUGUUUUGCUGUGCAAACGUACAAGUGACCGUUCUUUAGUAUUAACUGUUUUUUCUCUCCAUUGUCUGUCGAUAGCGCCUACUCCGGCAGUUCGGCACUUUUUUCACAUUUUUUUCACCGAAAGCACCUAAAUGUUGCAUAUACUGCUAAGGGAUAAGAAAUUGACUCGAAAACUAUGCAUUUAUUCUAAGAUUUGUUCCCAUAGAUUCAACAUGUGUCUUCAAGCCUUGGAGAAUGCCAAGUGAAUGCAGUUACCAUCCAACUCGGCAACUGGUCUUUGAUUCAAAUGCUGCAAAGUUACGUUGAGGCGCUGACCGUAGCAAAUAAAUCUGGCUAGAUUUCAAAGGAUUCAGUAGGAGUUGGGAGUGUUGUGUUCGGCAAAAAAGACAAGAGUCUAGAACUUGGUACGUUCAAUACUCCUGAUCAUUGUUAAUUACCUCGCAUAUUUUCUAACGCAGGCGGGGUUAUUCGGCUUGACCAGCACAUCCUUAGGGACCUAACCUUAUUUGAGUACUUGAUGCUUAGUGGUGAUAUAGUUAUUGCUGCAUUAGUGGGACGUCAUAACGGGCGUUCUGCCCCGACAACUUGGGCCUAUUUCGUUUGACACCGGUGCUUGCGUGCUAUUUAGCGCCAGUCAAUGGUCUUCUUUUUACAACUGACCUCAAAUCUCCCUUUAUAAAAGCGAGAAGUCGAAAAGAAAGUUAGCAACUGCGUUUUGUCAGUUCUUACUUUUUGUUCCUUUACUAAAUUCAGUUCAGAACCACUGAAUGAGUUUUAUACUCUACGGCACCACUUGUUCGAUCAUCGAUCGUCUCAUGAAAUACUGGGUAGUAACUUGAGUAAGGGGCCUAAGAAGUCCCCACUCAGAAGCAGCUUGCCGUCUUUCUCAUUAGGUCCACCGCACUCCCUGUCAAGCAAGUUACUCUGUGGUAAUAUUAGGCGUUCCCGUACUCAUCCUCACGCCUUAGUCACUAAAAAACUGACAAUUCCCAAUCUACACAGCGACUAAGUUAGUCGCCUUUUCUGUUGUUCCUACGCUAUUGUAUGCCUUCCUACUUUUCAACGACCCUACUUUUGAUAUGGCUAAGCAGAGUAUGCUGGAAUACGGCCUGGCUGUCAGAGUCUGUUUAAGUCCCUGUUGCUGCUUAACUUUCGGUGGCAUAUCUACCCAACGGAAUGAUUGUCGCCACUCAUGUACGAGCACUGUACGACAAGUUCAUUGAAAUUCAUAAUGCUCACUUAAGACGUUUACUAAAAAUCGGGGUGGAACCGGACGAGUUGCGUCCCCGCUACCUUAUUCCAGGUUCGUUCAAUGAUCGUAGAGCUCUUAUACGCCCACUAGAAAAGCGUGCUUCACUCCUAACCUCGCUGCGCCUCUGCCCUGACCGCCUCUUUUUGUUUCUCGCGGGCGAUGUAUACGCCCGCUCCUCUGGCCAUAUGUCCCACGCAGCCCCCUAAACGCGCGCGCGUCCGUUAGGUGAGAUGCUAACAUGCCUGCGAGGUGAUUGGUUGCGCUAGCUUUGUAAAUCGAAGACUCAAGGAGCCGUUUCGUCUCGUCAACAGCAUGCAACUUAGCUGGUAAUCCAAGUUAGUGUUUCGCAAGCGACAACCGUCUAGCACAUAGAAGAACGCCAAGAGCUUUCUUCUCGGACACCAAAUCGUACUAAUACAGAGCCUGCGCCCAGUGUUAUCUAAAUUAAUUAACCUUGACUCUAACCACCUUUGCCCUUCUUUCUCGCCCCCAACCGCUUUCAAAAUUUCCGAAUCCGUGCUCGAUAAUUGACUUGGGCACACGUUUCGGUAGAACUUAACUCCCUUUGAGCUGAACUUAACGUGCUUGUUUAUUUGGACAACGUCCUGAGACUGUGGAAUCGCUGCUGCUCUCUUUGAAAUCAUGUUCGAAGGAAUACGUUUCCUAUAGUUACCUUGAUAGCCGACUCGAGGAAGACUUGGCAUACUCUUCGAACGAGUGAAAAGCCAUCUGGAGGAUAUCCUACUAAGGCGUCGGUCACGUUCGCAGCAACGGUUGUUGUAUGAAGCGAGCGGUUUGCAAGGGGACACUUUACAAUGUAAUAUAGACGUAUACAGGUUGGGACAACUGAGCAGGCUCCUCAGACGUGUCUGUCUGCCUUUUGAUUCAUUUUCCGAAGUCUCAUAAGGAGCUUUCCGACUGUUUAUAAUCUGUGAACGAUCACGCCUGUAAAGACGGCCAUUCUUCCGGCCUGGAGGUAAGUUACUCAUGGAUAUGUCAUCGUGUGGUGGAUGACAAUCGUGGGGUGUGGCUGCCGUGCACUGUGUUUAUAAACGUGAGCCAGACGCGAUAGUAAUAGUUCCCUUGUUUGAAUUUACCAAGUCCCAGGCAAACAUUUUCUUGAACAUAAAAGAGCUUAAGCAUGUCAACCUUUUGUAUAAUACAUUUCUUCUAAUAAACGAAGGUCGCAAAAUGUCAAAGAAACGGAAGACUCAAAACGUUUACUAUGUGAUAUUAAAAAAAACAGUCAUUGAAGAGAAAACUCCGGAACCGGUACUGUCGAACCGGUUUGCUAUGCCAAGUGCAUGUACGAGUGCAUGAUGACCACUCAAAUUAUUUCGCCGCAGCGCUAGCACUAAGGACAAAACAACUCAGGGACAGUCACUUUUCUAUAACGCCUGUUGUUUGCCAGCGUAUUCUGGAUUCAUGAGCUUGUGAAAGACUCCUAUGGAAUGAGGACCACGGUCUCCUCUUUGUCAUAAAUGACAGUGGUUUGAAAUGGUACUACAAUUAUUACCAUUCUUAGCAGGAGGCGUGAUGUUAUUGUGGAGGCAAAGCUGUUUCUUCCUAAGUAGUUGCAAAAUAAGGGGCUAAUGGGUCUCUGUGUCCGACUACGCCAGCCUAAUCCCUUUCAACAAAAAACUUGAUAAAGCAUUUGGAUUUUGUUGUUUUAUAAUGCAUCUGUUCGUUUUUCCAAAACAUCCGAGGGCUUUUUUCACGAAUUGUUAGUUAAGCAUGAAAAGAAUACGUCAGUUCUACCAAAGCGUCUUCCGUGAUCCCCUAAUUCAUUGGAUGCCAAGAGACUGCUGUUAACAAUUCCCAGAGGAUUGGUGAGAUGUUAAACUGUAUAAUCUCUAUCUCUUUGCGCCCCAUCGUUAAGCAGCGAAUGUGACUUGAUUUCUAGUGGUCCAUAAAAAUGCGCCUCCUUCUGUUGAAAAAUGAGUAACGGAGACUUUGGAGAUAUACAGUUGGGACAAAAUCAUUGCUACGUUAUCCGCUUCCCUGUAAUAUUCUUUAAAGAAGUUCGAUUUCGACAACUAAGUGAAGAUUUAUAAGAACAAAAAAUUAUUUUUAACUAAUCUGCGCAGUUUCUUGGCUUCCCUCGAAACCCUUUUCGGGUAGAAAAGUUUCGUACCACUAAACUACUGGCUCGAAUACGUUACAGGUCAGCAAAUUCCCAUUUGGACAGUUGAGGCAUGAAGUAAGUCGGUCGCGCGACCUAUCUGGUAAUAAUCUCUAUGUCCUGACUUAUGACUUUAGAUCGUCUGCUAAAUAUGCGCCACCCACCUUGUCAGAGUCUACAACUUACCGUGGGUCUCUGAAGAAGUGCAAAGGUUCCACACCUUAAUAAUGUCCUUGUCUUGAGGGUGGUUCCUGACGUCGAGAUCGAAAGUUCUUAGUUGUUUAAACCAUAGCGCUGCGUAUUUCGUCUUCUGAAGGAAGAGCCGAUUCCAAGACCACCGACGCUCAUUCAAGAAAAGGCUUCAUCCGUAAAUAUAGUGUGGGAUUCAUCAAGCAUUCAUGAACUGGAAUGCUGCGCUUUUUGGUCCUAUUCUGAAAACUUCCUGAUGAACUCAUCACCGCUCGGGAUCCGCGGCGUCACUCCCUCAGACUUUUGGUGUGUUUGCGUAGCCAAUUUAUUCCGCUGACGAUUAAGAAAGGAGAUAUGAAAAAGAGGCACUGAAAGUUAUGCGAAGUUCUGAAUAUACUUACAAAAUGAACAAAUUGAUACGAAUGUAAGCGUCUGCUAUGCCAGGGUCAACAGAUCAUAACCGUCGCUGUCUGGUGCGCGCUGGCAGUUCCCUGACACCUGCUUCCCUGCCGUUAGAUGCGCCUGCGCUCUCGCUGGGUAUACGGGUCGUGAGCAUGGCCAUCCAAUCAUCGUCUUCCUGACUCGCUGUGGUGCUGUUAUUGUUUAAAAUCCAGUCAUGUGUUUGUUGUGGACCAGAGGAUGUGGGGGUACGCCUAGGUGCGGUUCCGGCCGUCCCGGCCACCCGCUCCUUCCUCCCGCCUCCGGUCUUCUUGUCUUUGUCUUGACACCGGGCUAAGAUGGGGGAGGAGUAAAGGGUGCGGUAGAUGCUGCGCAAGUCUACUCCCAUUAUAUACUAAUUCACGCGCAAGUCACCGUGCCUGUCCCACCUUGUGGCGGAACACACGCUUGACAUCGUCGGGCACGACGGCUGAGCUAUCGUACAUGCAUUAGAUUGUCAUACAACGUUGCCUUGUGACAUUUCCAGGUACCAAAACUCCUUUGGCAAACAGGAAUUAACUUUUCAACAUAUAUUUUUCAUUUUCUGCCACUGCAAUGACCGAAUUGAAACUUUAUCGAAAAGUAUUGUACGAAGGCACUGUACUGGAGCCCCGUGACUAAAUAGAACGUCCGCAAGUCAUCUUGCAGGCAGGCCGGUGAACUUCACUCAAACUGACUAAGUGCCGUCCUGUUGUACGAUGAGUUAUGUACGGAAGCUCAGUGAUAUGGGCAAACUCGGUGUUCUGAAACUUCUAUCGUGCAUGGUGUUCGACGCUCAGAUUAAUUUCUCCACCUCAUCGGUAGAUCAUUCAUAUAUGACUAACCGAGGCGCCUUUGCCUUCCAAUUAACAGGACGUUUGUUUUAAACUAUUUGGUUCUCUUUUGACUGUAUAACGUCUCACCUGUCUGUCUUGCCUACAUUCAUGCCUUUAGAAUAAAUUUCACACACCAUGGAUGACCUGGAAAAGUUGGAUCUUCUGCCACCUGUGAGCAAAAUCCCCAAUAUGAACACGUCUACUUAUCGAAUGUAUGCCGAGGGCGUCGCAAAGCACAGUGAGUCAUGUGACCUCGCCAAGCUCCUGUCCAUUACGAAAAUGGAAGAGUGGUGUGCCUACCUGAACUGCAGCGUUUCAGGCUGCAUUAUUCCGCCCCACCCAUCUGAGCUAGUGAGGCAAGUCAUUAAACCAGUUUGCUUUUAAUCUUUCCUUUAUGCUUUUUCCCGUCUGACAAAACCUUCUGGUCCGGCCUUGGUGAAGUAGAUGCGUGAGUUGCCAGCGCCCGUUUAAUGCCAUGUUUGUUUUCAACAUUAUGGCCAACGGUUGGUGUAAAGUCACAGUUUGUUGUAAAACACAUAAAACACUGAUGGAGAGCUUCAAGCAUGCUUUUAAACCGAAAAAUUAUCCCAGUGCAAUUGUAAUAUCGAUUAGCAUGGAUUCUGAAUUUUGUUUGAGCCUCUUUCCGCGUGCCUUUUUACAUAGUGCUCGUUAAAUAUCACUGCUUAGAUUGUGUUUUUUUCCCGUUGCUUUUCCUAAUGGAGCAGUAUUUACUAUACUUAUCUUUUGGGGGUUGCGUCUUCAAUUUUCAAACUUGGGAAGAAUUUGAUUGUAAUUUACGUGAGCAGUUUUAUUUAGAGGACUUGAAAUCAUUCGAAUGGAUAGUCGUAUAGCAUAAAGUCCGCAUAUUUAUUACUGAUUCAUGCAAGGUACACAGCGUAUACGAUAUUUAUGCCAAUACUUCGUGAACAACAGACUCCUUCGUGCACACAGGAGGAUUUACAAGAAUUUGCUCUAAAGGAUAUACGUGACAUGCAGUUCUGCGACCUUAAGAACAGGUGGGGACAGAGGAGGGGUCCCAAAAUAUGCGGUACCUGUAGGCAUUUCUAGAACCCUACACAGAAUAAAUAGAAUAAAUGCAUUGCUGCCUAGUCGUUGCAGGAAACGUAUCUGAAACAAUGCAACCAUCACAAAUAAUUUACGUAGGAAAAUCGAACGGUAGUUAACCAAAAACAAGCUCCCGACGUGUAUUAAUUACCGUAAGAUUAUGCUCAGGCUUAAUCCAUAUCGUAACUUUUCUUGAGUAGACUUUUGAGUCCAAAAGCCUUGGGAUUUUUUCAUAAUCUGAAGUGGGCUUACUGAAAAGCAUAGCCUUAAAGAGAAAAAGAGCAGUACUGUCGGUCUGCGUACUCCCAUCUCAUUUGCAUAAGUCAUUGACUGCAAAAAAGCCUUUCAUUUAACCUAUCGGUUUUGAAUCUCACCGGCGUCACCUAGAUCAUCGAUGUUACAUAGUCUGUAGAAAUAUUCAAUUCUUCCCAACUCAGAUGGUUAGACAGUCGGCCGCAAUAUAGCCUUGAUUUUUAUUUCUAGGAUUCCAAUCUUGCCAAUCUCACCGAGGUUUUCUUAUUUCGAUAGUCAGUAAAAUUAGUCAUACAUGUUGAGAGCCGACAAGUAAAGUAAUUCAGGUUUACAUUUGUUGGAUUGUAUUAUAAUCGCCGUGGAGAACCACCUUGCGUGUUCGGUCUACUGUAUUAGCUUUGUUGAGUUGCGAACCCGGCAGUAGAUCAGAUGGAUAACAUUGCGCAUAGUUCAAUAAAAGUCACGUUUUCGGCCAGCGCCUCGUAGCUGAUGUCACUAGGGCGCUGGCAGCAUAAAGAGUUUGCAGUCCUUUCAAAGAUUUGAAUAAAGUCUGGGUCACCGAUUAUUUAUUUUCAUGUCUGCCAAAAGCCCUACUAAAUUUACGACUGGUAGUCAUCUAGUUUAUGCUAGAUAAACUGCGUAGAAAAUCAUACUUUUCCCCGAUUUCUUUUCUUUUGGACAGUCAACUAACGUAUCGGAAGCUGGCAGACUCCCCUAUUAGUUUUGUCCUGGUUUUCGUUUGUUUGGUUCUAACUAAUUUGCUUAGGAAAGUCUGCUGAAUUUUUAUUGGUAGAAUUCGUGCAUCUAAGUCAUUUCGUCACAUGAACUAGUCGAUAUGUCAAUAAUCUUAAGGCGUGCGUUAAGAUCCCGUAGCUCAGGUGUUUGUGACCCUGUCCCCAAUAAGACUUGACUUUUUAUCCCAGCGCUUCGAAUCCCGCCGAUGUCGCUGACAGUUUCCUAGUUUGAAAACCAGUCAGUUUAUACAGAUCUGUCAAAUAACCUUAUAUAAUUUAAGCUUGAUAUCUAUCUUCUUGAGUCUAGGUAAGCUACUUGGACAAAUCUGCUUGUCAGUCAGCCCGCUGUGGUAGAAUUGGUGGAUUCCAUUGUUCGCAGUAGACUGGAUGGUUAAAUUCAUCCAAAUCUAAAAAUUACAAGGCUUUUGAUUAGAGCCUUAUAGCUCAUGUGCACAGGACACUGUUCUAAAGCCUUGCCUUUGUUUUAAUGUAUCUUCAUCCCGCGGAGAUGAACAGAUAGCCUCAUCUGGGUAAGAGGUUAAAGUAUUCAUGUCUAUCAAAUGCAUCACUUAAGAGGUAAGUCUGGUUGACAUCUGUUGGACUCCAUAUCGAUUGGAUUCGGCAUUGACUGCUCAUCCAACAAUCAUUAGUUAAAUGUGUGGAUUAAUAAGUUGCGGUAUUUUGACUGCUAACUCGCUCAAACUCUGGAAAAAACUGAUUUCUUCUCCCUUGGGGUCUUAUAGUUCAUGUUGUUCGAACACUAGCUUCACUAGAUUCGUACAUGUUCGAAUCAUUCCGAGGUCCUCCUUUUUCACAACUGUGCGAUCAGUGCAAGUAUACACAUCUGCUUUACCCUCCUAUUGAAAUUGAGCAUUGUGGUCGUCUGUUGAAUUCCGGAAUGGGUUCUUUAGGAAAGCCUACUCGAAGUGUUAACCUGCUAUAGUGCAAUCCAUGCGCUCCACACGCUAUAGUUGGUUAUGCAGUGAACGCAGUCUCAUAUCCAAAAAAUCAGCUCUUGUUUGGGACGUCGUAGUUCGGGCGUUAGGAACUCUGCCUGUAUGAAGUUAUUGCCUUUAUUGUCGCCUUUUAGGACAUUGUCGGGACAGCGUGUAUUCCAUAAUUGCGUAGUUGGCAAAAUUACUCGAGUCUAUUAGAUGCCAGAUUGAUUUCUUCGGAAAAUCGUCAUGGACAAUUGACUAGGUUUGGUCCGGCAUCCCAACUUAAGUGAUACUACAUGGUUAGCUUUAUAAAACAUUUCACUAGAUGCGAGUGCGUUAACUUUACAAAUAUCAUGUAUUUGCACUUUCCCUACAAUUUUAAUCCAGCGAGUGACUGCGCCACGGGGGAUGAGCGCCUAUACGUCAGCCUCGGUUACUUCAGGUGUCAGUUCACACCCGCUUCAAUGCGCGGCCUACUUGCGCCCUCUUUAUUUUCUCGAUCCAGCGGGUGGCCAGACAGACUUGCUAGUGGAAUUGUUCGGAAUUCCGUCGGUUCCACUACAGAGCCCAUGCACUGCGAAUUACCAUGCGCCUCCCUCCGUGGGCUUCCAAUUGUGAACGUGCACCCAUUCUCCUCUCAGUCCAGCGUGUGACUGUGUCAGGGAGAGUGCGUACACGCCACCUUCACCCGGUUCUGUGUCAGUGGUGCGUAUCUUGUACCGCACUGCCUGUCUUGUUCUUUCUCUCGCAGGCUUGAAGGACGCCGAGAUCACAGAGUUGUUUGAUUGUAUCUUAACAGCUAACGUAAACCUACUUGAAAUCUCAGCCCAUUCUAUUAGGAUCUGUUGACUCGAUGCUUUAAUCAAUAUCUCGCUUCCAAUACUUCGGCCAUUCCUUCAAAAUGCUGAUCGAUGUUCUGCAUUUAACAUCUUGAUACUUGUGAGCCGACCAGUUUCUCCGAAACGUCAAAAUCGCAAUAAAUCCGUCCCGGUGAACUCUGACCCUUUUCAAAUUAUUACCCUGAACUCCUCACCUUUUCCAACCUAAGCUGAUCCUAUUCACACUGUCGUAUCGACUUAGGAUCUAUCCAGAAUUCAUAUUACUCCAGCUCAAACAAGCUUUUCGACAUUCAGGCAGUACUGCGCUUGAUUUAAAAUUGGGAUCGCCGUUUUUGUUCGUGGUGACGACAAGCAAAAGUUAAAAAGGAGCUUUAUAAACUUUCUCUCACCUUUCAGGACUCGUUAUUCUUUUCAUUGUCCACACGACUUGUGCCGGACCUAGGAAAAUUCAGUCUAUCCGAGCUUUUCCUCCAUUUUCAAAAUUUCGGACUUUUUAAAAUUCAGGUUUUUUGUCUGAAUGUUUGCAGUUCUGUUUACUUUGAAGAAGGUUAAGACGGCACGAAUGACCAUUUCUGGCUUAUCUACAGUCGUCAGUUCGUCAUAAGCCAGCGCUAAGCUGCGAGAAGCUGAACUCGAACACAGUCUCUUCGGUGAAUGUGCUAUAUGUCGAACACUGCCACUGAGCAACAGGCUCUCCAUCCUGUCGGCUACGACUAUUACUAUUAAAUUUUAUGGGAACUUUGAACCCCAGUGAGAAGCCAUCGUCCGUGUUUCAACCCGUACUAAGAAUAUAUAAAUGUUACCCACUACCAUGUAAAAUCACAUGCCGUCUUACCUUUUCCAUUCUAGCACUACAACCUCACUUCUGCCGCUUUCUGCGCUGUCCAGCAAUGCAUCUUUCGGAAAUGUUUCCCCAAAAUGUUAUGACGACUACAACUGCGACCCUCCUGGCCAUGCAUACCUCUUCUACGUCAUUUUUGGCAUCGUUUUUACUGUCGUCUGCUCGGCCAGCCUUCUCUCGAACUUGGCCUGCGUGGUGGCCUUCAACAAAGCCUCUAAUCGCACUGGCGCCACGCUCUACUUCUCUGCGAUCGCACUCGCUGACUGUGUCCAUCUAAGCAUCCUCUUAUUGCUGCAUGUGCCACGUUUCCUAUAUCAGACGUACGCUGAACAGAUUGAGGCCUAUGCGAAAACCACUGUUCGCUACGUACCCAAGGCACUUCCCUUUCUCACCUUCAGCGAGCUCGCUUCGGUGCGUGUUUGUUAUAUGUCGUCUGUUCGAAAUUGAACUCAUCUAUCAGUCUGCUUCUCCAGCCACUUAUUAUGAUACCUGACCCUGAAAAAGUCCAAAUAUUUCCCACCUAACUCUUCAAAUUUUUCAUAAUAACCCAUAAAGCCUUUUAAUGUUUUAGGGAACUUUAGUGAUGGCCAAGGUAGGAAAGACACUGUGUGUAACAUCAGAAAAUUUGCAGUUUUCAGCCUCGGCCUAGUAUCCUCGCCGAUGUCGUAUACAAAAAGCUAACAGUCAUCGUUUUUCACCUCGUCUUAAGGUAUUCAGUUUUCAUCUAAACUCAGAGUGGCACGACAGUUUGACUGUCGACUCUGAUGAGGUCAGCCGCGUGCCCAACAUCAAUGUGGGCGCAGGGACGGUGACUUGUGCGCGAAUUGGCUUAUUGUAGCGGUAGACUUGCAAGUAUCGGCCGCACACUUUCCUGUCUCACCCGCCUGAGCUCGGUGUCGUGACCGGGUCAAGAAGACCGGAUGCAGGUGAGAGCCCAGGCAGCUGGUGCGGCGGGAACCUGCACCCAAACGUGCCUCCACACCGGCUUGGAUCUUACUGAAUGGGAGUGCCAUAGAGAUCGCAUUAAGAAGGAGCCAAUGCAGCCUGAUUCUCAGUCACCAGUCGGCCACUCCACACAAACACACAGGGUUGACUUCGAGGUCUGAGUUAUCCCGUCAGGCGGCUUUUAGCGCGCUGUGAUAGAUUCAAGCGCGUCAAAUUUUUUUAUGGCGAGGAAUAUGCGCUGACACAGUCGACCUCACUUUCUCUUCCCACUUGCGUGGCACCAGACAACUGUCCAAGGUCACUUGUCUGGUGCGGGGAUUGAGCGCAGUGGGUGACAAAGCUAGAGAACUUGUCUGUGUGUGUUGCAUACCCGACCCGAUCCCCACGCUAAACACACCAAGAUUUCGCACAAGGGGAUAAACUAUCCACUUAGCCCUAUUGCUACACUUCUAGUAAACGCACGACUGUAGUAGUAUUAGUAGCAGCAGUAGUAGUAUCAACAGUGUUAAUGCGAUACAUACUCUCCGUUUUCUCGGUUUCUAUUUCUCAAACUUGCAUCUUGUUUGGGUUUUGCUGAACAAAUUUUGCGUUUGACCAUUACCUUGUUUGCAGGUGUUGUAGUUUUACUUAGCCAUGCUUUUGUUUGCCAACAGAUUAUAGUUCUUGGACAAAGUAACGAUAGCCUAGGUGUUCGAACAUAAAAUCUCUAUAUUCUUCGCACGCAGUAGCUUCGAGUAAGAAUCUCCUCAGGAACUUUCGGUGAAAAAUUAUCACUAAGCAUGUAGUUUUCUACUGAUCUUCAAUGCCCAUGUAUGGCAAUUUGUGCACUACAAUGAGGAAUCGAAUAUGUAUUUGUGGUAUUAUUUUGGUAUUGAGUGCUGCCAUACUGGGGCUCAGUAGUGUAAUAUGAUGAAUAUGCCAGUCUGCUAGGACUGAAAUUUGAUUUACCGUAUGAAAUAAGACCCUCAUAUUUUGCAAACUUGAGGUUUAACAAAACAAUACGUGAUUUCGUUGAAAAAAACUAGGCAACUAUUUGUCUGCGAAUAAUCAGCGGCGGUUGACGAAUUUCAGCUCAGAUAUUCCUAUCAAAUUCCAGGCCGAGUCCGAAUGAUUUGUUUCAAGUCCGUGCAUUAAUUUCGGUAGGAACUAAAAACUCAAUACCCUGAAGUGCAGUUCUUCUCAAUCAUAACAUGUUGCAUAAAGACCUGGCUGAAAAAUCAUAAAGCGGAGACCGAAAUCUUCAAACGGGUCUUAAGAUCUAAAAGGUUACGAAGAUAAGCCUGAAUCGAUUUCUGACUGUUACGAAACUGAAUUCGUUUGGGAAUGUUCGCAGUGAUAGCCAACACCUUAGGGAGGAAUCACAACUGCACCUUCGUCUUCUUUGGAGCUUAUGAAAAGCAGUUGAAUGUUCUAGGGUAGGUGCACCUAACUGUCAUUUCAGUAUUUCUUCGAUAAGAUAUCUCUUUGAAUGGGAGAAACAUUUUUGUUGUAAACAGUUUUACAAAAUAGUACGUUUUGUGGUUUCCGAUCGAAUAUUGCCCCAGGCUUUUAUUUUUUAGUUUACGUACCGACUGCAACGUGAUGGGAAUCUCGUCCAAUAGCUCAUGAGCGGCAUUUGGUAUCUUUACAAGGCCAUGAAAAAAAGACAUGCUUUUCAAUGAAAAUACAUACCAUGUACUUUAGAAACUUCAGGAACAAAUGAAAACUCCAUUUCGUAUCGGCUAAACAUUACCAAGUGCGUUGUGCCAAAAUAUUACUUCGAGGAGUGGUACUGACAAAUAUGGGGACCGUCACAUGACUAUUUAUGGACAUCGGCAACUAGUGAAAGCUCCACCUCAGGUACUGUCGCGACCGAUCCUUGAAACUGUCUUUCAUUUAGCAGGCAUGAUUGAUAUUGCACGUCACUCCCCGCCCGUUCGUGCUGUCUCAAAUACCGACUUAUAAGAAGACGUCGUUCGUCGCAGUUCUAUUUCAAAAAAAUGCAACAGAGUUUAUGCAUACAUAAGAAAGUCAUGGAAAGGCACACUACUGUGGCCGUUUGACUGAAGGAUUCUCAGUCAAAAAUCAGCAUGUCGCUGUGUGCGGAUUCAGUAAGGAUUGUCUAGCCGCAAGUAUUCCAACUUCGCUCACGCAAUACUUGCCGUUUAACUGAAUGUCUAGAUACUACUAUUAGUUUGUCAUAAACUGCAACGCCCACUGUCGGUGAAUCAACUUAAUGGCCUUUCCUGACUACACUUCCGUAGUGUUGUCUCAGCUGCAGGCCGUUCUCGAUUUACAAAUUUACUUUAACUAGCAACGAUAAGUGGCAAACAUUCACCGCGUCUGUCUGUUUUAAAUGGCAUCCGGUGGAACUAGGCCUUCUGCCUGCCCAACCUCCCAGCUACUGAAAGAUCACUUCCUUUGCAUGUGGCAGGAGGAAAUAAGGGAUUCGGUCUUUAAUACUUCUGAUGCGGGUGAAGUAAGGGCAUUUUUCACCAGAGGUCACUGUGUAAGCCCGGAUACUACGCUUUCUUUAACUUUGUCCUGUUAAUUAACAUCAUCUGAUCAAACAGCAGCAGUCCGGGAUUUUGCUCCGAUUACUCUUCUAAAGUACAGAGGCAGAGUCCUAAGCACACCUGUGACUCCGACAAAUGUCGUUUUAUGCAGUAAUUUGAGCUGUUAUCUCAAGUCUGGGUUGCUGAUUCCUUCGAAUAGAGUAUUUUCUUAGUCAGGAAUUAGUGUUCCUCAAAACGGCUACGAUAAACGAGACGUAAUUCUCUUGAGGGUAGGUGAGAAAUUACAUAGUACUUUAUUUUUAAUCGAUUAGCUAUGUGACUGGGAGGUUUGUCGGUCUGGAGCCUACACGAUCUCACGCCAUGUUCAUCAGUAAUUAAACUAAACUAAGUAAUUUUUCACAUUGCAUAGUUUACCAUAAUGGCAACAUAGGUACUGACUGAAAGCCUAGGCACAUAUUUUCCGAUAGGCUGCGGCUGCAUGACACGGCUGUGAGGGGUCCGGCACAUCAGUGAGUCCCCAACGUCUCCAAUGUCCUUUUCGGGGACAGAUUCCGUGUUUCUGCGUAUAUUUUGCAUUAAUUUGAGAUCGUUUUUUAAAGCCUUGCUUAUUUCUGUUAUUUUCCAACCUGUUUACACGAUAGAGGAGGCCUUCCUAAGGCAAAUAACGUUGUUCUCUGUUCUGACCCCCCUAAACCCAUGUUUGUAGGUCUGGCUCACACUGUGCGUCCUCGCGGAUCGCUAUACCUACCUGCGGCUGGGUUUCUUUUCCCGCUCCGUUACUUCCAGCACAUUGCACUUGCGCGUGGCAGCUGUUGUUCUAGUGCUAACCUUCUGUUACACCAUUCCAAAAUUCUUUGAAUUUGAGCUGCAACCGGUGCAUGAUAAUUUGGGCGGUUAUCGUGCAGUACUCACUUCAGUGGGAAAAUCAGGUCCCUUCAGGUGA